GUAGGGGAACAUGGGCGUAGUGGGAAAUAAAUUAACCGCCUUAACCGUCUCUCAUGUCGUAAAAAAAAACACAGAAGAAUGAACAAGAAGAGAACUGAAUGGAUCUCUCUGUUUGUUUAAACUGAUCGGAAAUUAAAAAAAUAGGAUAAGGUUAAAAAUGGAAGUAAAGAGAGAAGAAUUACGAAAAGGUCCAUGGAAAUCAGAAGAAGACGAAGUUUUACUCAACCAUGUCAAGAAAUACGGGCCACGUGAUUGGAGCUCCAUUCGAUCCAAAGGUCUUUUGCACCGGACCGGAAAAUCCUGCCGUCUCCGUUGGGUUAAUAAGCUUAGACCGAACUUAAAAAAUGGCUGUAAGUUUACAGUGGAGGAAGAGAGAGUGGUGAUUGAUUUGCAGGCGCAAUUUGGGAAUAAAUGGGCGAAAAUCGCGACGUAUUUGGCGGGAAGAACGGAUAAUGAUGUGAAGAAUUUUUGGAGUAGUAGGCAGAAGAGACUUGCGAGGAUUCUGCAGAAUUCUUCUGGUUCGUCUUCUUCUUCCUCCUCGUCUAACCCUAAGGCUCGACGGGUUAAAAAAGAAGUUUCGGUCUUUCGUGAUGUUCCUGCUCUCCAGGUCCCAGUAUUUUGUUAUUCAAUGGAGGAAAAUGCAUCUGCAAAGCCAUGCUCAUCCUCCUACAGUCAGUUACCAGUUACUGAGAUGCCAUUUUCAGCGCCACCAGUUGUGGUGAAGCAAGAGUUGCCUAGCUUUGAUUCAGACAUCACUCAAGCUAUGCCCAUAUCCCAAAUCCCCUUUCCACAAAUCCCUCAGCCUCAACCAGAUCUCGCGUUCUCUCCGGAAAGUCAGGAACUCUUGUCGAGACUGGACGAUUCUUAUCUUUUUAAUGUAUUCGGACCUGUCCCUGAAAUUGGAUCUCAACUUUCCUUAGGGCCGCCAUUGUUCGAUCCUGUUUCGAGUUGCAUGAAUGGUGCACGAGUAGUUAGGAAUGCCGUCACUCCUGAUACCUUCUUCGAUGACUUCCCUGCCGACAUGUUCGACAAUAUUGAACCACUUCCGACCCCUUAAUGAGCCUUUGUCUCAGUCUCUGACCUGUUGUUUCAUUGUGAAAUGGUUAAUUAGAUGAACUUCUUUUAACUUUUUCUUUAUUAGUUGCUGUUGUAGAAGUGAAGUUGCUGAUCCUGACUGUUAUUUUUUGCACCAACUGCAAUUAGACUAAUCUGAUAGUUUGCCGUUUGGCCAUUUAUCUGUAUUCUUAUUCAUUGUUUAAAAAACAAUGCAAGUUCUGGUAUUUUUA